AUGCAAGAUGAUAAAACCCAAGAGUUUACAGUAAUCAUGCGUUUAUAAUACUUGUUCAACUUAAAGCUAUCAGAUAUUCAUUAGUACUAGAUAGCAAUUAUCUAGGUUAGAAUUACUUAUGCACUAAAUUUAAUAAAGAAGCCUAUAUAGAGGAAUAUUAACCUGAAUAUCGAAUUGAAUACUAUAAUCUUUUGA